AUGGCCAUCCUCAGCUCGACGAGUGUCAUCAACAUCACCAAGACGCGCCUCCUUGUUGCCGUCUCUCUCGCGUUCACUUGGACGGUUGCGUUUCUGGUGCCUCAGUACCGGCCCAUCGUCCAGGCCAGCGUGUCGUCCCGCAUUCACGAUGCCCGCCAAAGACUCCCGGACCUCUGGCCCGUAUGGCCUCUCGCCGGCCGUUCGGAGCCGUUGCCACCCCCGUACUACUACAACACCUCCAAGGUCGCGCUCAUAAUUGAGCCCCGGGCUUUGCCGCACCUGGCACCCCUCAUCGUGCACAUGAUGGCCGUCGUUCCUCCCGAGUGGCGCUUCCUCUUUAUCGGUUCCUCCUGGAGCACUUACUCCGUCGGCCGGGUGCCCAGCAUCCGCCACCGCCGCGAGGCCGGCAAAAUAGAUGUCGUGGCGCUUUCCAGACCAUGGAAUGCCGAUACCGGGGAGGACAUCUCUCGGCUUCUGACGGACCUGCGCUUCUACGACACGUUUCUCCCCGGUGUCGAGUGGAUCUUCAAGUUUGAGCAGGACAGCAUCCUGUGUGCCAACUCGCCCAGAGAUCUGGACGACUGGCUCGACUGGAACGACCACUUCUCGGGUACCGGAGGUCUUUCUCUGAGGCGAGUCUCCUCUAUCCGACGGGUUCUCGCCUUCCAGGAACGGCACAACAAUUCUGAGCCCGAGGAUGAGUGGUUUGGAAAACGCCUCUCCCUGAUGCCCGGCGAGAGGGUGGCACACCAGUUCCAGGGAGCCAUUGCUGUCGAGAACAUCUUACUGGAGAAGCCGAUGGGGUACACGGUCCGUGGGGGGCACGAUGGCGGCUAUCUCGAUCACGACGUGUGGAAGGAUGCCGACUUGCGAAACCGGAUCUUCGGAUAUUGCCCGGAGCUGUCCAUCAUCAUGGACAUGAAGCUCGAGAGGGAGAGAUGCCCGGACGAUAACGGACGAGGCGGCAGAGGCACGGAAAAGGGGCUCCAGGACUUGGACCUGGCGAAGCUUGCGGUUGAAGUCAAUUCGGUUCAUUACGAUAUGGGAAGCGCAGGAGAACCUGCGCCGUUGCCGCCCCAGCCGCCUGCCAUGCCACAGCUCUAG